UAUUGUACCAUCCCACACCACAAUUCAUAUGUGAAGCUCGCUGCCUCUCUCUCUCUCUCUCUCUCUCUCUCUCAUGAUGCAGCCUCGACGAGGGAGUGUCGUCGUCGUCGCCGUAGUCUUUGCAACUGUCAUCCAAGCGUUUUCCACGACACACUCCCUCCAAGAAGCUGAUAAAAUCACAAGGUUGCCUGGUCAACCACAGGUCAACUUCCAGCAACAUGCAGGAUAUGUAACUGUGGAUGAAAAGCAAGAGAGAUCUCUUUUUUACUACUUUGUUGAAGCACAAACUGAUCCUGCUUCAAAGCCUCUUGUUCUUUGGCUCAAUGGAGGUCCUGGUUGUUCAUCUGUUGGAGUUGGAGCUUUCAACGAGAACGGACCUUUUCAACCAAGCGGAGACAUUUUACUCAAGAACGAUUUUAGUUGGAAUAGAGAAGCAAAUAUGCUAUACUUGGAGUCACCUGCAGGAGUAGGCUUCUCCUACUCAGCAAACAAAUCAUUCUAUGGCUUCGUGAACGACGAUAUCACAGCACAACAUAAUCUCGAGUUCCUUCAGCGCUGGUUCGACGAAUUCCCCGAGUAUAGAAAUAGGGAUUUCUUUAUCACAGGAGAGAGCUAUGCAGGCCACUAUGUUCCACAGCUUGCACAACUCAUUAUCCAAUCAAAACCGAAGUUCAAUCUGAAAGCAGUGGCAAUUGGCAAUCCUCUUUUCGAAUUCAAUACUGAUAUCAACUCACGAGCAGAGUACUGGUGGUCUCAUGGAUUAAUAUCAGAUGCGACCUUCGAAAAUUUGACUUCAGUCUGCAACUAUUCUGAAAUUUUUAGACAGGAGGUAAUUCGUGGUGGUCCACUUAUCCCUGCUUGUGAUGCAGUAGCGAACCAAUUUGAAAGAGAAGUCCCUGAACAUUUGAUCGACCAAUAUGACGUUACUCUCGAUGUCUGUUUAUCAUCCGUUGAAGCUCAAGCUUUCCAACUGCGAAAAACAGCGAAGAUAGAUGUCUGUAUCGAAGAUGAAACAGUUUCAUACUUAAACCGACCAGAUGUACAGGAGGCGCUUCAUGCACGAGUCACAAAUUGGAUAACUUGCAGCAACCGAGUUGUCAUCCAGUAUGACAUGAAAAACAAGGAAACACCGAUGCUUCCAGUUUUAGGUGAACUUGUCAAGUCUGGAAUUCGGGUUUUGAUUUACAGUGGAGAUCAAGAUUCUAUUAUUCCACUAAUAAGUACACGGACACUGGUGAACGGAUUGGCAAAGGACUUGGGGCUACAAACGAAUGUGCCUUACAGAGUCUGGUUUGCAGAAAAACAGCUUUUCAGGUUGCUGGAUGGACACAAGUAUACAGUGACGCUUUAUCAUACGCUACCAUAAGAGGAGCAGGCCAUGAAGCUCCAAUUUCGCAGCCAGAGAGAUCAUUACUUCUAUUUACUUCAUUUCUGACAGGAAUGCCAUUGCCAAAAGCCUGAAGUACUAACUGACACAAACUGCAGAAAUCAAGAAGAAACAUAUCUAUUCAUUUCUUACAAUGAAUAAUUGAGUGAACAAAUUGUAAGAAAAUCGGUAUACUCAUGAGAACAAGAAUGUCAGUUUUAAUUAGCGCUUUUUCUCCGCAUCAAUAAAGACUUCGGAGGAAUGACAGGCAACAUCCGAAUAAAACUUCUUCCAUAUGUUAAAAAGAGUAUAAGUGACACUCCAACAGAAAUCGAAAUUGUACGUC